AUGUCUGGUGAUGAAGCUAUCCCUCAUUUGCACGAGUCUCCAGAUCUAAAGAGACCAAGAAUCUCUGAAUCGCCCACUAGAACACCUCGAAAAUUGAUAUUGGGGUCACCUGAGCGGAAGUAUGUCGUAUCCAACACACAAUCACAGUCCCAGCCCACUACUGCUACCUCUAAUACCAUGGAUCCGCCCAAUCUUCACCCACCUGUGUCUCAUGCGGUAAGAGGACGUGAAUACAGUCAAUCGCCGCCUAGAUCCCCCACACGAUCGCCAACAAGGUCCCCUACAAGAAAGCUAGAACUCAUCAGGCUUUCUCCCAAGAAAGCAAAUAGACUUGAAUUACAGAAGAUGCACGAGUCCAAGACUCAGACGAUACAACGUUUAUGUAUUGACAAACUGAUUUUGAACAAUUUCAAGUCUUAUGCUGGUGUACAAGAGAUCGGACCUUUUCAUACAUCUUUUUCAGCCGUUGUGGGUCCCAAUGGGUCAGGAAAAUCCAAUGUUAUUGAUUCGAUGCUCUUUGUCUUUGGGUUUCGAGCUAACAAGAUGAGACAGGGGAAACUUUCGGAGCUAAUUCACAAAUCAGAACAGUUUCCUGAUUUGCCAUCGUGCUCUGUUCAGAUUCAUUUCCAAUACGUACAGGACAUGGAAAAUGGGGAAACGAAAAUUCUACAUUCUUCAGGCAAACUUGUCGUCGAAAGGCGUGCUUUCAAAAACAAUUCUUCUAAAUACUACGUUAAUGGGAAAGAGAGCAACUACACCGAAGUUACCAGAUUAUUGAAGGAUGAAGGGAUCGAUUUAGAUCAUAAGCGGUUUUUGAUUCUCCAAGGUGAAGUGGAAUCUAUUGCGCAGAUGAAACCCAAGGCGGAUAAAGAUGGUGAUGACGGACUUUUAGAAUACUUAGAAGAUAUUAUCGGAACUGCAGACUUUAAGCCUCAAAUUGAACGCUGCUUGAACGAAAUUGAAACCUUAAAUGAUAUCUGUUUGGAGAAAGAAAAUAGGUUUGAGUUAGUCGAUAAAGAGAAGCAAAGUCUUGAAUCAGGGAAAGCCGAGGCUCUAGAAUUUCUUGAAAAGGAAAAAAAGCAUACCGAAAUAAAGUCAAAAUUGUUACAACAUAAAAUAUGGUCUAAUGAUAAAAAGCUAGCUUCUACAAUAAAAAAGAUCAAUUCUCUUAAGGAAGAAUUCAAACAGGAAAAAGAAGUCCAUGCCAACCUGCAACAGAAGGCUACAAACCUUUCUUCAAAUCUCGAAGAUAUUCGGGCUCAGAUUCAUAAGUUGGAUGCCAAAUAUAAAGAAUCCCACUCCAAAAAGAGAACUUUGGAAAAAGAGUACAUUUCAAUAGAGGAAAAGCUCAAGAGUGUUAACAGAAAACUGAAAGCUGCAGAAAAGGCUUUCCAACAGUCAGAAUCUGAUGCAAAACAUGCAACAGAUGAAUUGGAACAGUUAAAUAAGAAAAAUGAGGAAUAUCAAAUUGAACUAACAGAACUCUUUCAAACUCUUGACGCCGAAAAGGAAAAGCUAAGGAAAAUCAAAUUAGAAUUGCAUGAAAAAACGAAAGAUCUUUCCCAAGAAAUCGAACUUAUAGAAAAGCAAUUGGAACCAUAUAAUAAUCAGAUACGAGAUAAACAGUCUGAAAUAAAACUAUCUGAAGCUAAAAUUAGCAUGUUGAAGUCUACUCAUAACAAUCUAAAAAGUGAGAGGGAUCGCAUUUUAAAAACAAUUGAUGAUCUUAAAGCUAAUGACGAAAAAACGAUAGAAAAUUUGGAGAAUUUAACUAACGAGAGGGAGAAAGUGAAGACCAGGAUAGCAUCAGCAGAAAAGGAAAUAUUUGAGGCCAAAAACCAAAUAAGUAAGAUGCGUGAAGUGUUAAUUCAACAACGACAAACUGUUGAGGAAGCUAAAUCAAAUUUGAGCGGAUAUCAAAAUAAAAGUACUGUUUUAGAAGCUCUUAAAAAGCUUCAGAAUUCUGGGCGUAUAACAGGAUUUCAUGGUAGAUUAGGGGAUUUGGGAACCGUUGAUGAUAAAUACGAUAUUGCUAUAUCAACUGCCUGUCCAAGGCUAGAUGACAUAGUUGUAGAUACAGUUGAAUGUGGACAGCAAUGUAUUGAUCAUUUAAGAAAGAAUAAGCUUGGUUAUGGACGGUUUAUUCUUCUUGAAAAACUCCGUUCGUUUGAUCUACGUAAAAUACAAACUCCAGAAGGCGUUCCUAGAUUAUUUGAUCUAGUAAAGCCAAUGAAUGAUAUAUUCAAGCCUGCAUUUUAUUCUGUUUUGCGUGACACUUUAGUGGCAGAAAACCUACAACAAGCUAAUAGAGUUGCAUAUGGAAGCCGUAGAUUUCGAGUGGUGACUUUGGAUGGAAAAUUAAUCGAUCUAUCAGGUACAAUGUCCGGUGGUGGUGGAGCUCCACAAAGCGGCGCUAUGAGAUCCAAGUCAGACUCUUCUGGAAACUACUCCAGAGAAGACGUUCUGAGAAUGGAAUCUCAACUAUCGGCGAAAGAGACGAAUUUUAACAGUGCGAUAUCAACUCUUCAUGAGAUGGAAUCGGCAUUGCAAAAGCUUACGGAUCGUCUUCCUGCCAUAGAUGUUGACAUAUCUAAAACUCAACUUGAACAAGAAUCCCGUGUUGCUGAACUAACUUCUUAUAAUCAAAGGCUGUCUCAGAUUGAUGACGAAUUGUCUGAUCAUGAAAAUAAUCAACUCCCUCUUAUUAAUGAGCAAAAUAACCUAUCUAAAUUACGAGAAGAGCUUUCAUCCGUUUUGAACCAGUCAAAAUCUAACCAAGAUAAAAUUGAUAGACUAAAGGAAAUUAUAAUGCAAAAGGGAGGUCUCGAGCUUCAAAUGCAAAUAUCUAAAGUUGAUUCAUUAGAAAAACGUAUCGAGAUAAUACAAGACAAACAAAAGAAGGACAAAGCAAAAUGUAGGAAACUAGAAUUAGAUAUAAAGAGAAGAUUGAAAGAUAAGACCAAAUAUUCUGAUGAAGCCAACAGCUGUACUUCCGAGAUUGACACGCUUUCUAUCCGACUCGAUGGCGUUCAGAAAGAUAAGAAUGAACUCGAUAACUUCUUACUCACAUUAAAUGACCAGGAGAGCGAAUUAAAGGAAAAGGAAGACAAUGUGAAAGAAGAAUUAGCUGGAAUAGAAAAAGAUCUUAACGAUUUUAAAGCCAAAGAAUUAACCUUUACAGAGAAACUAAACAAUUUUGAGUCGGUAAAGUUACAGAUUACCAAUGAUUUGGAGAAGUUUAACAAUGAACUUUCAAACCUAAAAAUUAGAGAUGUAGUAUAUUUGUUAGCCAAGCUUGAAGAAGGCAUCUUGGUUGAAUCAGAUGAACAACUGCUUCCUAAUAAUGAGGUACAGAAUGCUUCAAUUACCCAUGAUGGUGAUGGUGAUGGUGAUGUGGAAAUGACGGACGUCUCAAUGCAACAAAAUGAUAAAAUUGUAAUUGACGAAAGUUUGUCGAUCUUAUCAGAAUCAGAAUUGGAGUGUAUUGAUGUAGAGGUUUUGAACUUGGAACUACAGCAACUACAAGAUUAUCUGGAUAAUUUUACUGGUGAUAUAAAUGUUUUGGAGGAAUACGCUCGCAGACUGGCGGAAUACCAAAGAAGAAAAUUGGACUUAAAUCAAGCUGUUGCUAAAAGAGAAGAAGUCCGAGGAAGAUGCGAACGGUUAAAACAAGAAAGACUUGAAAAGUUUUUGGAAGGAUUUGGUAUAAUAUCCAUGACUUUAAAAGAGAUGUAUCAAAUGAUUACUAUGGGUGGAAAUGCCGAAUUAGAGCUCGUAGAUAGUCUUGAUCCUUUUUCUGAAGGAGUACUGUUCAGUGUUAUGCCACCUAAAAAGUCAUGGAGGAAUAUUUCUAAUUUAUCUGGUGGUGAAAAGACUUUGAGUUCACUAGCCUUGGUUUUUGCUCUUCACAAAUACAAACCAACACCUUUAUAUGUUAUGGACGAAAUUGAUGCGGCAUUGGACUUUAGAAAUGUUUCAAUUGUAGCAAAUUACAUCAAAGAGCGGACCAAAAAUGCCCAAUUUAUUGUGAUAUCUUUAAGAAAUAACAUGUUUGAACUAGCACAACAUCUUGUUGGAAUUUAUAAGAACAAUAAUAUGACACGAAGUACCACAUUACAAAAUGUUGAUGUUUUACACACUGUUUAA